GUCAAGGGCAGUCAGCAAUUCCAUAUUCAUAUUGACUCUCGCACACGCACACGCACACACACGCACACUCUCACUCUCUCUCACCCUCACUCUCACCCCACUACGUACGCGCUACAUACCGAGAAUACUACUUUAUACUAUAUGACCCCCGUCAACGCGAAAUCUACUACCUACCACUUUGAGAUCUUACGAUAUCAUGAGUAACUCAAUCUCCUCCCAUUCAAUCUUCUUUGGGAAACAUUGUUAUUCGAGCCGUCCAAGUUCAUCCUCCUCCUGUCCUUGCUGUCCUUGCUGUCCUUGCAAACCUUACGAAUAGAACAAACAAAUUCGAGAAAAAUCAAUCAACAAUUAACAAUUCUCAAUAAAAACCGGGCAAAAAAGAACAAACAAGGCUUCAUUGUUACUAACAUCUUACCUUGUCCUAUCCUGUCCUGACCUGUCCAGUCCUGUCGUGUCUUGUUGACCUUACCCGUUCUACCAUCAGCUCGGAUCGCUUCAAACACUUCUCCUCCCUACUUUGGCCCAGAAAUAUUCUAUCCACCCCAUCACCCAUCACCCAUCACCUCAUUACCUUGUCACACCCGAAGUAAAAUAAUUCAAGCUCAAUUCAGCUUUUCUUCACUGGCCUGAUACGACCUACUAGUGCCUCUCCCACUUUUUCUCAUGAUAUCGAUUCAUCACAAUUCACUGCGUCUUGAAACCUCCCCCCCCUCUGCCAACCACACGUUGGGGACUCAAGAUUCUCCGGAAACACGCAGGAACCAUUCCACAUCAGUCGCACAAGUCAGACGCUGAUCAUCUUUCCGAUUUCCCCUCCGUGCGGUCGUUGCGCAUGCAGAUAGUGAUUUCCGGAACACAAACAACAUCGAGAUAAGGUUGUCUGAAAGAAUUUAUCUGCACCUCCAGUCUAUCCAUUCGGGUCAGCCGACUUGGUUUUGGAUCUACUCCAAGAGAUUUUCGAUUGUCCCAAAGAUGCCGUUAAUCAAUGGAUUGAAAAUGGCCUGUGAGCCAUGUAUUCGAGGCCAUCGAUCAACAAAAUGUACACAUGCGAAUGAGAGACUGAUGGUACCGGUGAGGAAGCCCGGAAGACCACUCAGUGCAUGCCCUCACUCAAAAGACCAACCAUGUAACUGUGGGAGUGUUACUGCUGCCAUUCCAAGGAAACAAGCAUGCCACUGUGGUACCGACACACCUGUCUCGACUCCUCCGGCUCCUAUACAACGAGUCAACUCCAUACCCGAUCCUACUUCCCCGACGCAACUCACAUUCAAAAUACAGAAAACAGCAUCAAGGCCACAGUCGAGUAGGAAGCAAUCAUUUGAUCCUGGGAAUUUGGAACGGAUGGAUUUAAACCAAGUCAAUAUAGUUCCUUUCGAUCAACAUACCCAAAAAAUGCCAAUCAUUCCCCCAAAUGCAUAUCAUAUGUCGACUGCUCCUCAACCCUAUGGAUAUGGUCCACCACAAUAUCUCAUUAUGCAACAACAAUACGGCGCCGUCCCUGCCCAACUACCUCCGCCUAUGCAUGGCUUAGGAGGGCCAAUAUUAGAUAUACGAACAAAUGGAUUCACAAAUGGGCUCAGCAGUUUAGAUCAAGUUGUGGAAGAUCCCCUAGAAACACCAACUGAAGUGAAGAAUGGUCAAAUUACUCCUAAAAUGAACGGUGGGUCUUGUUGUGCGCCAUCUACUCCAGAAACUCCACCUCAUAUCGAUAAUCUUGCUACGAGUGGUGGUUCAUGCUGUGCGCCCCAAAAAACCACUCACAGUCACACUUCUUCGAAUGCCAGUACGAUGUCAGAACCUCCGCAAGCCACACCCAAACCCAAAAGUUGUUGUUCUUCAAAGAAGAACCCUUCAUCGACUCAAAACUCCCAAACAAAUACUCCCAUGAUGAACCCGCAAAUACCACAAAACGGAUUUCCGAUGAAUAAUGCCAUAUAUUCACAGUAUCCACCUACCGUCUUCACAUAUCCUGCUACAUAUGGUUCUUAUCAAAAUCCACUACAGCCAUCUGCGUGGCGCCAAGGUGUCCACGAUAUGAGUUACGUUCAUGUUCAAGGACAACCAUCUAUUCCUAACGCACCUUUGACAUUUGAUCCAAACCAGAUAGCUCAAAACCCCGAAACCGUUCAUACUUGUGGCUGUGGUGAUGGCUGUCAAUGUGUUGGUUGUGCAGCUCAUCCAUAUAACGAUGCGACAAGACAAUAUGUCCUUUCGGCCUGGGAAUCGAUGCGGGUCGAACCGGACUUGUACAACAACGGUCACGCGCAUGGGCGCAUCAACUCGAAUGGGAACAUUGCACCUACUUCCAUCCAGACACAAGAGAUUAUUAAAGAGAGCCCUACUUCUCCACCUCCUGCUACCCCAUCUAGUACUAAUUCCGGAGCUGCAGAAGAACAGAGCCUUUCAGCAUCGGAUUUCUUUUUCGUAAAUUAUCCCUUCAGCGCAGAAGAUGGCUGUGGAGGAGAAACUCAAAGCUGCCCCUGCGGUGAUGAUUGCCAAUGUUUAGGGUGCACUAUCCAUCGCGUGCCAGACAUUCCAUGCCCUGGCGAGAAGGACAGUUGUCCAUGUGGCGAUGACUGCGCUUGUAUUGGCUGCACUAUACACAACAUGUGAUACUUUGUUAUUGCAUAUAUCUAAGUGGGGAUGCUAUACAUGAUUCAGGAGGAAAAAAUGCUCUUGAAAAUAUAUGGGAUCUGAUAAUUUUAAGUGUUUUGUUUUGAAGGAAAAGUUUGAUACCCUUUGCAAUUUUUGUUUAUUUUAAGCCUCGGGGGCAGUACGAUUAGCUAUCAGUGAUAUGUUUCCCCCCUGGGUUGAAGCGAGCUACCCUGAAAAAUAUGAGAAUAAUCAUGCAUGGAAUGCCAGAAAGAUUCGAUUCUCUUUUAAUCACUGUAUAUAAUGCAAUUAUGUUUCUCUAGCAUUUGGUACAAUAUGUAUCUCAUGCUAGCCGAGGUCGACUUGACAAAAUCGUUAUUAGCUUAGCUAACAACCCCUGGGCUCAUUUGUAGAUCUAAAGAGUUCAUGAUAUGCUGGUACAGUGUAUCACGAAAGUAUCCCCAUAUCAAAUGUGGAGCUUUCAAAAGAUUUGCUAGUGAUUCUGCACCGCGACCGUACAUAUUCAACAGGGGUGAUUCUAUUUGACCACCGAAUCACAAUGCAAAUUCUUCAAUUUAUUCA